AUGAACGAUGAGGCCGAGUCGUCUCGAGCUACUCAGCGCCAUGACAACACGGCCGCAUCCCACCUGGCCGAUCUAGAGGAUGCGCUGGCCCGCUUUGAAGAGGCGGAAGAGCGAGAGAAGCAGAAGCAGGUCAAGCAGCGGAAAUUGGAUGCGAAGAGGAAGCGCAUACAGAUGCUGGGCGAGCUGUUGCGGGAAUUGGACAUGAUCGUCUACCUGGAACUCAUUACACUCUACCACCUGGACUGCUCGUUCUUCUGGCUCCUGUUCAAGGCACUUACACAUGCCUUCCUGCUGACGCCUAUCCCCGACACCGCGACCGUCACCCGCCCACCAGACGAACCGAGGCCCUUCCUCCCGCUGCUCCUGAUAUCGUUUGGAGUAAAUUUCCUCUUACAUCUUACAUAUCCCGCGCCAUCGGCUGGCGAAGAUACCAGAGGCUAUCUGCACGGCGGCUUGAUGAUAGACUUCAUCGGGCAGCAGGGCCCCACGAGCAAGUGGAAGCUUGGGGCGCUCGACAUAUGCAUCCUGUUCCUGCAGCUUGUCAUGGUCUCGGUACACGUCAAGAGGCGGGAGCUGAAGAAGAAACUGGCCAAACUGUCAGCUGGUGGGGGUGCGCCAAACACCACUACCACCCGAGCCACGUCAGACUCGGCACCGACAGCGACGGCAGCGGCGACGAAUGACAACACGAACCGAGAUCAGGAUGCCGAUGAUGAGGAGCGAGGUGUGUUACACCGAACCGAUACGCUGUCAGACUUUGGCAUGGAUCCCGAAAACGAAGAAGACGCCCUGCUACCAUCAUCCUCCGAAUCUGGCCAUGCCGACGCUAUGGAGCUUCUCAGUUCGGGUCAGUGUGUCAUUGGCGACUUCACCCUCAUCGACACCCUCCUGCAAGAGAACCGAGAUUACGCGGCUUACCGAUUGACGCGCACCGAGAGCGGCAAUAACGACAUGCCGGAAACGCUACGGCGGCUCAAUACCUUGCGAACUCGUUUCGGCGUGGGUGGCGGGUGA